AUGAGUAGAUUUCGAAGAGAAUUUUCGAAUGCAGAUGACUACACGCAAGAUAUUGAUUCUUUAGAGGUGACCAAAGCAGUCGACGCGGGAGCAACCGAUACAAGGGCCCUCAAGAACGACAAGGGCCGUAGCCGGAAAACUUUCGUUCUGAAGAUGGCCAAGACUCCACUAGAAGAGCAGGAUGGUCCUGAUGAAGACGAGCAAGUGAAUGCGGGCGAAAAUACUGGGACAUUUCACGUUAAACAAGACGGGGCAAUGGAAGGUGAAUUGAACAAGGGUAGCCCAACUUUACCAGAAAAUGAUGAAAGGAAAAUAGUGCAAGGUGCAGAAAAAGACGUUGGUGACAACGACGACGAUCGCACCAAGGAACAAACCGGUUCCACUGGAAGCGAGUCAAAUGAAAAUGACCAUCUAAAAUUUUCAGGCAUUGUGUUCUGGGAGGCGAUUAUACUACCCACCCCAUCCAUGGAUGAGCAAAUUCUGUCCUCUCAAUGCAAUGAAGUUGUCAAGUUCGCUCCUGACUUCAGCAUCGUUCUAGCCGACAGACGAGAGGCGUUCGCUGCGUCCACCCUCGCUUCCAUGAUCAACGUACCGACUCUGUAUAAGAGCACUCAUGGAUACCGGGACACUCAGCUUCAGGAAAGAGGCAACAUUUCUGACAAGAAUAUUCUCGCUCGUCAGAAUCCAAAUGAAGAUCUUGAGCGAGAAGUUAAUGCAAGACGCCUGGAUGACAACACACGGCAUCCAUUACGUGACAAAGACGCUCUUCGUAAACUGGAACGAGGGGAAUUUACAACAGGAAGUACAGGACGUAAUGAGAGAAAAAUGGAAAUAAAUUCCGCGAUUGUCCAGAGGCAGGAAAAAAGUCGCCGUUCGGGUGAGGAGGGGGAACGACCAGCAAGACGGACUGAAUAUCACGGAGAAAAAGAUGUUUUUCCUGGAGACGUUGUAGACGGUGACAAAGAUGUUCCUAAAAACGACGUCGGCCGCCACCGUCGCAGUUCGCUCGAAGACGUAAACGGUCGUCACCCAGACCAGAAUAUCUUGGAUCGAGAACUGAAAAACAAAGAUGAGUCUCACCGUCCAAAGUUAGACAGAGCCAAAAUGUUCAAAGCUAAUGAUGGUGAAUAUUACUCAGAAGAUGAAGAAAAUCGUAAAAACUGGUCGAAAGUAAACUAUAAAUCCCCUGACGAUAGAAAGAACAUCAAUGCGGAUGUGGCCGGCGAAAAUGACGACAACUUCAACUUUCGAAGAGGCAACACUGGAGGCGACUCUAUUUUGCCUUUACCUGUUGGCCUCAUUAAUCUUCAUCUGAAGUCGCUGAAGCCUACAGAAGACAGUAGGACUCGUGCCACUUUCCUGAAGGAUUCUCUGAGGGUUUUCACGGAGGUCGUGAAGCUCCAGAGCCUAAUUGAAGAUAAAAUAAGACAUCUUGAGCGUGUCGAAGACUCGGAACGCGAGCAAGAAAGACUCCAAGAACUGGAACGUGAACGACUGGACAAAGAUAUUCAUGAACAGUUGGAACGCGACAGGUUAGAGCAAUUAGAAAAUGAACGUCUAAGACAGGAAGAACAGGAGUUACUGGAAAAAGAAAGAUUGCAGAAACAGAACGAAAUAGAUCGAUUGGAGCGAGAAAGGCUAGAACAGCUGGAACGACAGAGGCAGGAUCGCGAAAAGCAAAAGGUUUUGGAGAAUGAACGACUGCAGAAGCUGUACGAAAUUGAACGUUUACAGCAGGAGAGAAUCGAUCUUUUGGAAAAUGAUCGAUUGGAGCGACAGCGUAUGGAACGUCUCGAAGAAGAACGGAUUGAAAGACAAAGACUCGAGGACUUGCAAGGCUUUGAUAGGGAUCGGCAGAAAUUUUACAACCAAAAAGUCGUCAAUUUUGAAAAUAUAGAACCGAAGAACGAAAUUUUUACCAGUUUCGGCGACGAAGAAGAGAGUACUGGAGAGUUUCAAGCUCCCAACAUGAUUGGAAUUCCAGGCCCUAAGAAUGCGUCCCCAGAUCAAAUGGGUAGAACCAGUACAGACAGCGAACCCAUGACUCCCCUUUCCGGCAUUGGUAUUGCAAACGGAAAACCUAGUAACAUUGAUCACACGGAUGAAAUAAGUUCUUUAGCAGGUAACCAUGACAUAUAUGAGACAAGUAUUGGUAUAAGCGGCGGUCUAGAAAAUCAAGACUCUGAUGGAGCAUUGAAAGUUGAAAUCGAUGAUACUGAAGAAAAGAUUCGUAAGGAUGAAAUAACUUAUGCUGAAAAUUCAUUUUCUGAAAAGAUAGGAAGCAAUAUUGUGUCUGAAACUGAAACUACAGAAAAUAAUGCUCCAAACGCGGUUUUAAAAAUCAACCACACAGCUAGUGCCUUCCAAGUUGACAACGAGAAUCCGAUUCAAAAAGAAGUCGAUUUUAGAAGUUCCGAUAAGAACAAUUCUCUUCUUAAUUCAUACAACGACACAGCGGAAACUUAUCCUACUGUGACCCCUACAUUUUCUUCCUAUAACGUCUCGGUCGGUAGUCUGGAAAGUGCAACGGUGUCCCAAGAGUCCGCACCUUUCAAUCUACGCCAGAUUCAGAGGCAGUCGAGGAACUACCGCGCGCCGUUGCUCAAGCGAAAUGUUGAAGACGAAAUAUUUACCAAACAACGUUACGUUUCUUCAGAAAGCCUUGACGCUUCGAUGCUCGACUAUCUAACUCACCAAUACACAUCCGGUGUAAUAGACGACUCGAUCAGAACAUUUCUUUCGGCUCAGCCUAUUUCUGAAUUUAAAACACAGCACUUACCUGUUCCUUCUCCCUUGAUAAACGAUACAAAAAUUCAAGAAAAUUCUCACGAAAUUUUAAGCAAAACCGCAAAAUUUCGGCACAUUCCAAGACGACGAAAAUCUACAGAUUUUAUAGACACGUUCUCAGACACGUGCCAAAUUCCUUCAUAUGAAACGGAGGGUAAAUUCGUACUGGCUGCGGGUCAGCGCUCUGAGCUGGACAAACUCAAGACGCAACUGCUUGUUGAGUGA